AUGGCAAAAGCGAACCUUACGGACCCAUCAGAUUUCAUUCUUAUGGAAUUCUCCUUCCAGUCAGAGCAUCAACACCUUCUGGGCUUGCUCUUCCUAUCCAUGUAUCUCUUGACAGUCCUGGGGAAUUUACUGAUUGUUCUGCUGAUUUCCUCAGACGUUCACCUUCUGCAGACCCCCAUGUAUUUCUUCCUCAGGCAUCUUUCUUUGGCAGAUGUGGGCUUUGCCUCCGUGACUGUCCCCAAGAUGCUGCAAAACCUUCUCUUCCAGGUCAGGACUAUUCCCUACAGUGGUUGUUUGCUGCAAAUGUAUUUCUACAUGACUUUCGCCAACACAGACAACUAUCUUUUGGCUGUGAUGGCCUACGACCGCUAUUUGGCCAUCUGCCAUCCACUGCUUUACGCUUUACGAAUGACCCACAAGCGCUGCCUCUUACUUGUGGCAAUCUGUUGGCUCCUGGCAUCCCUCAAUUCUGUGCUGUAUACAUUGAUCAUGUUCCCCCUCUCUUUCUGUUCCUCUAAGGAGAUCCCCCAGUUUUUCUGUGAGUUCUUUCCUUUGUUACGACUGGCGUGCUCAGACACAAGUGUUAUAGAAACAAUUUCUCUGAUUGAGAGCUAUGUAGAUGUAUUGGGCCCAUUUAUCCUCAUUGUGAUCUCCUACGUCUGCAUUUUCUGCACCAUUCUUAGAGUCCCAUCCACAAAGGGGAAACAAAAGGCCUUUUCCACAUGUGGUUCUCACUUGGGUGUGGUAGCCCUGUUCUAUGGCACCCUCUGCUGGGUCUACCUGCAGCCAAGCUCCAGGAGUCCCGAACAGAACAUGAUUUCUUCUCUCAUGUACACAAUGGUGACUCCCAUGCUCAACCCAUUCAUUUACACGCUUAGAAACAUGGAGAUAAAAGCUGCUCUUCGAAAGGUCGGCAGUUCAGCGGUUCGAAUC